UCUAGGAACAGAGUGCGGGCCCUUAGCAGUAGUCUUCCCGAAGCAGCAGAGAAUGAAAGGGGAGCAAACUCUAUCAGAAUGGAAGAGAGCUUCACAAUUCACCUUGGUGCACAGAUGAAAACGACGCACAACUUACGAUUGCUAUGUACAGAUGUCCUUGACCUUUGCCGACACAAAGCACACACUGUAGGGGGUAUGUUGAUUCCACAACCACAAAGAUUACAGACGGCCAUGUCACUGUAUUCCAAUGAUCUCUGUGCAAUGAUAAUGAUGGUGGACAAUCGUCUGAAUUCAUAUACAGGGCUCAAAAGAGAAUUUGCCAGAGUUUGUGAACAGUCAACAGAUUUCCACUUUCCGGAUCUCGAACAACAGUUUGCAAUAAUAGAACAGGAGCUUGCACUAGCCAGUGAGUAUCGCCAGCAAAACAAACAUACAGAUGAUGCAGACAAAGCCAGCCUCAAGAGCAGUAGCAGCACAUCUAGUGAGGUCAGGGUCAACAAAAGGUUUUUUAAUAAAAGGAGGACUUCUGGGAAUUUGACCAAACAUUCCAAUUUAUCUGAAGUCCAUGUUGUGUUUCAUCUGGUGGCAGACGACGGGAAAAAAGCCUCAGAGAGCGUCAAGUCGUCGGACAUUUCGUCUCGUCACCCUGUCAUACUCAGUAUCAGGAACAUUAUCAAGCUCUGCUUCCGUUACGAUAUCAACACCCUGACCAUACCUCUUCUUCUUUCAAAUGAAAUGACAGAGGAGAUGACCAUCCCCUGGUGUCAGAAGAGAGUGGAGCUCAUGUUUAAGUGUGUCAAGGGCUUCAUGAUGGAGAUGGCAGCCUAUGGUGGAUACAAGUCUCGUAACAUUCAGUUCCUUGUCCCCCCAGUAUGUUAUCAUUCUGAAUAAGAUUUUGAGCUAAUUUGAU